AUGGUGAUAGGGAAGAAAAUGAGUGUUUGUGGGGGGGAGAAUAAUAACAAAGAUCCGUUCCCCAAUGCUGAAUUCCGCGUGGGUACUGUGUGGAUGUAUAACUUCAGCGGUUCAGAGGAAGAGUUUGCGUUGGCGUCGUGUUUCAUUAGGCAAGGGACGGUGGUAAACAAGAUGAUGAUCAGGACGACAUCAUUUCCUGCAAAGAAGAAGUUAAAGAUUGAAGCGGCAGUGGCCAAGCUAGAGGAACUUCAAACAGAAGAUCAGUGGGAGGAGCUCACCAUAAAAUGUUUCUAA